UCUUUCUAUAUGUGUUCCAAUCCAGUCCAUUAAAAGCCAAAUCUCUUGAGUUCGCUGCAGUCUCUCGGUAAAACGGUGUGAAUGGCGGCUUUGACAAAUCGCUGCAGCUAAUCCACCAGCUCUAACCCCAAAAAGCACUUGUGCAAAUCCUAGCAGUGACAGACAGACAGAUGUUGGCAAGAAGAUUUAUUUCCUUGUUCAAGAACUCCCCAAGUUCCCAAACUUCAAGUGGAGGGAAGUACUUGGAUGAAGGAAAGAGCAAGUCUUAUGGUCGAAAGGCAGUUACUUUUGUGUUGGUUACGGUUACAGGUGGUGUGGCCUUGAGUGCUCUUGAUGAUCUUGCUAUUUAUCAUGGCUGUAGCAGCAAGGCCAUGGAGAAAGCCAGCAAUAGUCAAGAAAUCAAAGAUGCUAUUGGGGAGCCGAUUGUCAAAGGUCCAUGGUACAAUGCAUCUCUUGCUGUAGCUCACAAGAGGCAGUCUGUGUCUUGCACAUUUCCUGUGUCUGGACCACGUGGCAAUGGAGUAUUCCAAUUGAAGGCAGUUCGUAAUGGAGAUGACAGUUGGUUUUCAUUUUUCCUUCCCCGGAACUGGGAAAUCCUGAUAAUGGAAGCUCUCCUUCAUAUCCCUUCUAAUGAAGAAAGGCAGCAAACCAUGCGGAUUAGUCUCUCAGACAGCUUCUCAUCUCCAGCUUGUAAGACAUGCACCGAAUGCCCGCAGCAGGAAUCCCAAGAUCCGGAGAAGAAAUGAGAAGGUGCAUCCUAUUUAUGGGGUAUGCUGAAUGUGGUGAUGAUUUUCAGAUUUCUGUUUCAUACAAGUCCCUGUUCUUUCUUAGAUCGCAUCAUAUGAAUGAAGCUAGAUCUCAUGUGCUCAUAAGAAUUUACGCUGACUGUCCUAAUGUAAUUUUUUAGGGCAUAACGUUAGUAAAUUGUAGUUAUGGGAUUAAGUUCUUUUUUAAUUUAAUUUAUUUUAGUUUGUAGUUGGCGG